AUGCGCAAGGAGAUUGCAAUGCUGGAGAGCGACCCACCAUUCGAAAUUCUUGGUCCGGAUGGGUCUCCGUAUGAGAAGGGGGUGUUUCAGCUGGAGAUCGAAAUCCCAGAACGGUACCCAUUUGAGCCGCCGAAGGUUCGCUUCGUGACGCCUAUCUACCACCCAAACAUCGACGAUGCAGGCAGAAUUUGCCUCGACACACUCAAGAUGCAGCCCAAGGCGAGAAAGCACAUCAAUAUUAUUGUGGACGAUGGCUGUUUAAGCAGGGUUCCUGGCUGCCGUCGGUCAAUAUCAAUGACGGGCUGA